CUGGAUGCAGUCGCAAUAGUGCUUCCGUCGGUCCGAACCUCCAGCUUCAAGUGUCGUCCCAAUCCGAGUCCAGGUUCGGCGAGAGGAUGAUUUCAUUCCCAUUCCCGGGCGCUGCCCGGCAGGCCGAUUCCAAUCUACGGCGACAGCUACGUCGAUCAUCUCACGUUUCGGAAAUGAAACCAAUUUAUCUGCUGUCGAUUGGAUUGAUUUAUUUUACUGCGGAAGUAGCCAGCAUUCUCGAGGAACCAAACACAACCCUGGUGCCGGUCGAAAAUUACAAAACCAAUCCGUACUGCUUCCGGUUCACGUGGCUCGGGCCCAAGUACAACAAGGACACGCCGUACAAAAACCUCAGCUGCGAGAACGUCCUGAAGAAGGCGAAAGGCAUCCCGUGCUUUCAUCCGUUGGUCAUAACCAACAACACGAACAUCCCGGAUACGGAGUACAUGUGGGAAGAGUACAAGGACAAGCCGUCCCAGAUAGCGUGCCGGUUGGUGCGGGGCGAGGUCUGUGCCCGGUUCUCCUACCGCUACAACGGUGCAAUCGAGAACAUAACCUAUAUGUGCGCGAAGCUAAACGUCGAUAACGAAUCGCUCACCUCGAGCAGCUGCUUCAAGGAGGAUCGGCAGGGCCGCGAGAUCGAGGUGUGCGUUUGUGAGUCAGCCGCAGGCCGGACCCCCUGCAACCGGAGCUCCGCGCUGCUGGCCGACGGUUCACCCCUCGUACCGGUGAUGAUGCUGGUGUUGGCCGUGUUGCAGCUGGCCCUAAUCAAGUGUAAGGUAGGUAGGUAGUGCACGGUUGUAAGGUACUAACGACGGCCGAACGAGGCAAACAAAUGUUAUGCUGUUGCUGCUGUGAUUCACAGAAUGGAACCUCUCAUGCUUUUGAAGCAUGAGGUCGAGAAGCAUAAAAAGUAGGACGAUGUACAACCCAUCGUGGGUCUGAGAUCCACCAGUUCGGGAAGCAUGGAGUACUGUAAGUUAGUGUAUUAAGGGUUCACUACGGGCAUGUUCGAUUAAGCCCCAAAGGUUCGAUGUUUUUGUGCGCCGUGGUGUAGCAGCUAGCUAGCCAUUAAGACAUAGGCUGUCAAGGAUACAAGGGGACACCCAAACGAAUCUUGUAAAUGAAAUCGCCAUUAAUAAAACACUGUAUUAGUGGAGCGAGAGCGCGGAUCCAACGAAUCGCUCUAUCUCCGCGUCCUAGA